CACUUCCAGUCCGGACACUUUACCCCCUUCCAGUCCGGACACUUUCCCCCCCUUCCAGUCCGGACACUUCCGCCCCCUUCCAGUCCAGACACUUUCCCCCCCUUCCAGUCCGGACACUUUCCCCCCCUUCCAUUCGGAUACUUUCACCCCCUUCCAGUCCGGACACUUUCCCCCCCUUCCAGUCCGGACACUUUCACCCCCUUCCAGUCCGGACACUUUCCCCCCCGCUCCAGUCCGGACACUUUCCCCCCUUCCAGUCCGGACACUUUCCCCCCUUCCAGUCCGGACACUUUCCCC